UUAAAGAUGGCAAGUGCUCCAACCGAGGCGCCUACACAGCCUAUUUAUCUAAUCAACUAUGAGAAUUAUCUGCGUCCCAAGCAGCGGCACAAGAUAACGCCGCUACAAUGCUUCGAUAGGCCUCAAAAACCCAAAUCCAGAUGUAAUAAGCUCUACAAAACCUUCAAAAGAAUUAAGCUAUUCAGAUGGUGGCGCCACCAGCGUGCCCAAGUCUCCAAAAGACUUGAACAGCUGCCGCUGCCCAGUUUUCUGAGCUUUCUGCGUGCACGGCACGAUGAUGGUCUAUGCAAAACCAAGACGGGCUUUGAGAUCUAUUGCGAAAUGUCAAGCAUACAUGGAUUUCAUAUAUUCGUGGGCGCCAAGACAUGGCAGCGUGUGCUCUGGUGGCUGCUCAUCUGCACGGCGCUGUUACUCUCGCUCCUGGUGCUGACCAUGUCAUAUAGCCUGUCGGCGGAAACGCCGACCAUACGGUAUAUAGAGAGCAUGUUGCAGCCCAUGUCCGCACAGCCUUUGCCCUAUCCGGCGUUGAGCAUAUGCAGCCUGAAUCGCGUCUCCAGGCGCCAGCUGUUGCUUAAAUCGAAAAAGUGGUCCGUGGCGCCACAAACGCUGCAGCAAGUGCCCUGGUUAACCGGACGCAGUUUGGAGCAGUUUAAUCUGACGGCGUUAAAUGAUUUGAGCUACGCGAACGUCAGUUGGUCUCAGCUGCUGGAACAGCUGGCGCCACGGAUCUGUAAGGCACAAGCUUUGGGCUGCCAGUGGCAGGGCUUGGCCCAAAAUUGUCAACAGCUGCUGACCACCACUUGGAGCUACAGUGAGGGCCGCUGUUGCAGCUUCAAGCAGCCGCCCGGCAGCUUCCCUGGCAAUCCAGCCAAGGGUUUGACUUUGCGUUUAGCCAGCCAGCUGGAGGAUUAUGCUAGCUCACGUCAUGCCGCAGCCGGUUUCCAGUUGUUGAUACAUGAACCGCAUACAGUUAUCCAUGCGGCCACACAACGCGUGCUGGUGCCCAGAGGUACGGAGGCACAGCUCAUGCUGAAGCCAUACAGUACAUAUGCCACGCCCUAUAUAGGCGGUCUGGCGCCCAGCAAACGCGGAUGUUAUCUGAGCCAUGAGCGGCCGCUGUUCUAUUACUCGGUUUACAGUCAGGAUAAUUGCCUGGCGGAGUGUCAUAGCGAGAGAAUGCUGCAAAUUUGCGGCUGUGUUCAUCCACAUAUGCCCAGACGUUGGCAGUGGCCCCUAUGUAAAUUGGAACAGUUCGCAUGCCUUCAGGAAGAGGUUAACAGCUGGGAUCACAUGCAGAGCGUAUGCAAUUGCUUGCCAUCUUGUCAAUUUUACCGUUACGAAGUGCACAGCGAUGUGGCAACCCUGGAUGCCAGCUACCCUAUGCCCCAAGCUAAUGAUGGCUUUUUCAAGAACUUUAAUGGCUCGGACGAAGUGCUACUACGCAUAUAUUUUGACUCGUUCAGCGCUGAACGACUGCGAUUGGAUGUCUAUGAGAAUUGGCUGAAUUUUAUAGGCACCUUUGGCGGCAUCACCGGCCUAUUUAUGGGCUGCAGUUUCGUAUCUGUGUUCGAGCUAAUAUUCUUUGUGUGUGUGCGCCCCACAUGUAACUGGUUGACCAGACAACAAAUACGCUAUCGACAGCGACGUCGACUUCUUCAUCAGCGACGAGCCGCAAAUGGUAAUUAGGACAUGCUAAUUAGCUGGUCAGCC